CCGAGCCAUUAUCGCUCAGAUUGCACAGGGGGUGCAUUUAACCAGGGAUAAUCUACCUUAUAUAGCCUCCCUGAUUUAACCCAGCAGAUCAGGUAUCAGCCUGCAGAGCGCAGCCAAACGUUCACUGAACGUCACUAGCGGCACUUUGUUGUUCGGGAACCAGCACUAGGACACUGUUCUUCGUUGAGCUGUUUCAGAGUUGUUGUUUUUCUCGGAAAAGUACAACUUGCCUGGAUACACUUCCUGAUGGAGAUACUCGGCUGUGUUGAUAUCUCUCCAACAUGGAUUCUGUGGAUAGCGGUUUUGUUUCUGAUUUAUGCAUAUGGAAAGAAGAAGAACCGUUUGUUCAAGGAUGCUGGUAUUCCUGGUCCGGAGCCUGUGAUUUAUAUCGGGAACUUCCAUCAGUUUGUUCUAAAGGGUCCGAACAACAAAGACUGGGAACAGUAUGGUAAAGUAUUCGGGGUUUUUCUUGGUGGACUACCGAUGAUCACUGUGACGGACCCGGAAAUUGCAAAAGAGAUCUUGAUCAAAGAUUUCCAGCACUUUACAGACAGAACAAAUCUUGACCUAGACAACUACCCAGUGGACAAAAGUCUCUUCCUUGAGAAAGGCACCAACUGGAAACGAAUCAGGAAUAUUGUAACGCCAACAUUUAGUGGCUCCAAACUUCGCCUGAUGUGCGACCGAAUAGAUCAAUGCGCCUGUAUACUUACAAAUAACUUUGUUAAGGCGGCAGAAUCAAACCAAAGUAUUGAUGUCAAACGCUACUUUGGUGCAUUCACAAUGGACGCCAUAUCAAGCACAGCUUUUGGGAUCGAAGUGGAUUCCCAAAGUGACUUCAAAAAUGCUUUUGUUGAAGAGGCAAAGAAGUUCUUUGGGGAAGGAAUCCAAAACCCUCUCGUCGUGAUUGUUAUGAUGUUUCCCGCUCUCACCCCCUUGUUCAGAGCCCUAGGUGCGAGCAUGUUUUCAAGGAGCACUCUUAAGUUCUUCACGAAGGUACUGAAUGAAAUGAUUGAACAACGGAAGGCUGAUUUGAAGGAAGGAAAGAUGAAAAGACAAGACUUCUUUCAACUUCUGAUGGACGCAGAGGAUGAUGGGACUGACACUCAAGGUGGAUCUCAGAAAAAAAAGUUUGCAAUAUUUGUAUCCUUUCCAGAAAUGACCAACGACGAAAUAAUAGGUCAGGCUUUGUUAUUCUUCAUUGCUGGAUACGAAACAACGGCCAACACCCUCCAUUUUGUUGCCUACUCCCUGGCAAAGAACCCGGAUGUACAAAAGCGGCUCACGGAAGAGAUCGAUUCGGUUUUGGGAGAUAAAACUCCAGACUAUGAUAAUAUUGGCGGCCUGAAAUACAUGGAUCACGUGAUCAUGGAGACUCUCAGACUGUAUCCUGCUGUAUCUGGAUUAGGACGUAACGUAACGGAGACUGUCACCAUUAAGGGUUUCACGUUCCCCAAGGGCUGUGCUGUCCACAUCCCUACCGUCUCGAUACACAGGGAUGGUGAUAUAUACCCUGACCCCGAAAGCUUCAAGCCUGACAGAUGGGAACGGAAGUCUGAAAUGGACCCCAUGAGUUAUCUCCCCUUCGGUCAUGGUCCCCGUCAGUGUGUGGGAAUGAGGCUUGCACAGGUGGAGAUGAAGAUGGCGCUUGGUCGGAUUCUCAAAAAGAUCCAAUUUGUGGCAACGGAGGACACCUUGGCAUCCGUCGGAAUGGACGACGUCACUGUACACACAGGCAUAUUGAACCCCAAGAAACCAAUCAUGCUCAAGGUCAAAAUCCGGCCUGACAAGUGAUGUGGGAAACCUCA